AUGGCCAUUGGCUUACCAGGAAAUCUUGCUAAGCAAAUUCUUCGGCGAUCGGGAUCUGGUUCAAACAAAGCCACUUCAAGGUUUUCAGAUGUGCCUAAAGGUUUCCUAGCAGUGUAUGUUGGGGAGACACAGAAGAAACGGUUUGUAGUUCCAGUAUCCUACUUGAGCCAGCCUUUGUUUCAGGAUUUGUUGAGCAUGGCUGAAGAGGAAUUCGGGUUUGAUCAUCCAAUGGGUGGCUUGACAAUCCCCUGCAGUGAAGAUACAUUUACCUACGUCACCUCCAGCUUGAGCAGAUCAUAG